AAUUUUCUUUUUCUCUUUUUACAGAUAAAAAAUGAAGCUGUUAUACAAUGUGAUAUUAUUGGCGAUUGUGUAUGUACCAACACGCUGCCAAUACAGAAACAGGGUAGGCAGGUUUGACGAAGUAUUCGCUUGGAAGCAACUCACUUAUGACAUCAACGGAAUUGAUGUAUUCGAAGAUCGGUUUUCAGAGGAUGAUCUAGUUAGCAGAAACAAGAGGUCAACUGAUAGAAUUUAUUUUGAUAAUUACAACGAAGACGAAAAAGUUUGGAACAAGCGACCAUCGCAGUCUAUAUACAACAAUCCUAUUGACACGCCGAGUUCAGCAGCGAUCAAUCCUAAUGAUGAAAUCGGAAGAUUCUUCGUUCAAUAUAAUAACGUUCCGAUGGGGGCGGAAAGAGUAGGCGACCGCGUGUUCGUCACGAUCCCACGGCGAAGAUUUGGUAUACCCGCAACAUUGAACUACAUAGACUUGAAUGUCUACGGGAAUACUCGUUCGCCACCACUCCGUCCAUACCCAGAUAUGGCCAGAUCUAGGUCUUUGAUAUCAGUGUACAGGACCAGAGCUGAUGAGUGUGGACGACUGUGGAUGGUGGAUACUGGAGUCAUUGAAAUACCGAACAACCCUCGCUACCUGCAGCCGCCUGCGAUUGUGGUGUACGAUCUGAGGACGGACAAACAGAUUCUUCGGUAUCAAUUCAAGAGUUCAGAUCUCCCUGCUAAUAACACUGCUACUGGUCUUGCCUCAAUCACCGUGGUUAUCAAAAACGGGGAUUGCAGCAAUGCGUACGCUUUUAUACCAGAUCUGGUCACUUAUGGCCUCGUCGUCUACUCCUUAAGAGAGAAUGACAGCUGGAGGCAUCAGCAUAAUUACUUCCAUUUCAAUCCCACUUCUGGAAAUUUGAGGGUUGCAGGUCAAUCUUUCACGUGGAAUGAUGGAAUCUUCAGCGUUGCUACUGGAGAACCAGGGCCCGAUGGAUGUCGGCAGGUCUACUUCCAUCCUAUGGUCAGCAACCAGGAGUUCUCUGUGUCUUCGUGUGAGUUGGAGAAGAGAGAAGCUAACCAAUCUGCUUUUAAUGUGGUUGGUGAUCGAGGGACCAAUAGUCAGAGUACGAUGCAUGAUAUGCAUGGCGCAUCGAAGGUGAUAUUCUUCGCUGAAGUAGGAAGAGAUUCCAUAUCCUGCUGGAAUACUGAAAAGCCGCUUAGCCCUGAUAACAUGGAAAUGCUGGCUCAGCACAGCUCAAAACUAAGCUAUCCUUCAGAUCUGCAUGUGACAGAAAACGAAGUAUGGGUGACAUCGAAUACAUUACCUAGAUUCAUUUAUUCAAGAUUUAAUCCAGAAGAAUACAACUUCUUUGUUUACAAGGCAAAUGUGGACAAUGUUCUGUCAGGAACGGUCUGCGAAGGCACUAGGACAUCCGAUUCUCCGGUGUACUACCCUAAUGGCGGAUACUACAAUAAAAACAAUAAUUAUUCAUAAAUUUUA